ACACACCAAAGUGUGUUCUGGUCUCAUCUCUCUCCGGAUUCAAAGCGCUCGUCGACUUUCCCUCUCCGGUUCCGAAUUUUCUUUUUUUGGGGGCAAAAAAAAAAAAGUCAUCGUGAACGCGGGCGCGGUCACCUUCGGCUCUGCGAGGAAUCCCCGACUUUGCGCAGGUGCAACUCCGCUCUGCUCCUUCCUGCCUUGCUCGAGGGCGCCCGAACGAAGCGGCGACGGUCCGGCGCUGAUCGACCCAGGGCGCUGCUACCCGGGAUUCGAACCCCAAAGUCGCCUUUACAACAUCGCCGGCAUCAUCAGGUAAGCGCCAGAGUCCGGGCCGAGCGCGGGGCGGCGUCCAAACAGCUCGUGAGGAAAUGGCAGACUGGAGUCUGCUGGGAAACUUCCUGGAGGAAGUGCAGGAACACUCCACCUCCAUUGGCAAGGUGUGGCUGACCAUCCUGUUCAUCUUCCGCAUCCUGGUCCUGGGGACGGCCGCCGAAUCGUCGUGGGGCGACGAGCAGGAAGACUUCAACUGCGACACGGAACAGCCGGGCUGCGAGAACGUCUGCUACGACAGGGCCUUCCCCAUCGCUCACAUACGAUACUGGGUGCUCCAGAUCGUGUUCGUGUCCACGCCCAGCCUGGUGUACAUGGGCCACGCCAUGCACACCGUGCGCCGGGAGGAGAAGCGGCGCCACCGAGAGGAGGAGGACGACGACGACGACCCGGGAGGGGGCGACGGGGACGACGAGUCGGGCGACAAGGAAUCGGCAAAGGGCAAGAAGGCGGGGCCGUCGGCCGGCAGGGUGCGUCUGAAGGGGGCGCUGCUGCAGACCUACGUGCUCAGCAUCCUCAUCAGGAGCAUCAUGGAGGUGGUGUUCCUGUGCCUGCAGUACUUCCUGUAUGGAAUAUUUCUCCAUCCUCUUUAUGUUUGCAAGGCGUGGCCUUGUCCCCACCCGGUCAACUGCUACGUGUCGCGGCCCACUGAGAAGAACGUCUUCAUCGUGUUCAUGUUGGCCGUGUCGGGCGUGUCGCUGGUGCUCAGCGUGCUGGAGCUCCACCACCUGGCCUGGAGACACUGCUGCAGACGCCUUUUGGGAUCAAGAAAGGCCGCCGGCGCCACGGAUUCGCCUCAGUCCAAACAAGUGCUCCCGUCUCCGCCUGCGCCUCCGCCGCCGCCGCCGCCGUCCACGCCGCCUCCCGACUUCAGCCAUUGCGUGAUCGGCUCGUCGCACUUUCUGGCGCUGCCCUUUCCCAACCACCGGCUGGCCCGCCAGCAGAAUUCGGUCAACAUGGCGGCCGAGCAGCACAAGAUGGCGGCCGGGGCGCGCGGCGACGAGGGUCCGCGGGACGUGGCCCGCUACUCGGCCGGCUGGCGGGGCGCCGCCGACGUGGCCGCCUGCUAUGACGCCGCCGGGUGCCUGCAAAUCCCCAACGGCGGCGCCGAGCUUCCGUCGUGCCAGAGGGACAAACGGCGACUCAGCAAGACCAGCGGCGCGAGCGGCCGAACGCGAGCCGACGACCUCGCCAUCUGACACCGCGAGCCGCUUCAGCCGCUCGCGUGAAGCUCACGAUGGCCGAACCGACACUGGAGUCAUUCAUUGGGGAACCUCGGAGGAGAAUUCCGCUCUUUAGACCUGACUCGAAACUGAAGUGACAAAGCUCGAGACCUUUUUUUUUUUUUCAUGUUUGAAAAGACAAGGGUGGCACGGUGGAGCAGCCGCUCAAGCGUUGGCCUCACAGUUCUGAGGUCCAUGGUUCAAUACUGGCCUUACCUGUGUGGAGUUUGCAUGUUCUCCCCCAUGCCUGCGUGGGUUUUCUCCAGGCACUCCGGUUUCCUCCCACAUCCCAAAAACUUGCAAAAUUGAUUUGACACUCUAAAUUGCUCAUAGGUGUGAUUGUGAGUGCAGCUGUUUAUCUCCAUGUGCCCUGCAAUUGGCUGGCGACCAGUUCAGGGUGUGCCCCGCCUCCUGCCUGGUGACAGCUGGGAAAGGCACUCCCCGCGACCCUUGUGAGGAUAAGCGGCAAAGAAAAUGGAUCCGGGCUGCAUGUCAAAAGGUCACCGGCAAGGCCGCACUUCCCACCACCCAGAUCGUGACGCAAUAGUCUAACCAAAACACAACAGCACGUAAACGCGCAUCAUGCGGCACACUUUGCAAUUAAUAUUCAUAUCAUAAGAGGACUACAAUAUCAAUGAUACAACCUAUUAUGCGUAUGCAGCUCACUACAGUUGUGUUUCGCUAAUCAAUAUUGGCUUUUCAAGUUUUGCGUUGACUGACCUAAAAAAAAAAAAAAAGGAUGGAAGAAUGAUUUCAAAAUAGAUUUUUUUUCUAUUGGACUUUUUUUUCCCACAAAAAUCAACAGCAGCUCGCAUGAAACUCAUGACAGCCGAACACAACAUUGGACUCAUUGAUGCGGAGGCCUCGCAGCUAAAAGAAUUCCGCUCUUUCCAGCUGAGCCAACAGCUGACGGCGGCCGACGCCCGCGCUUCGCUCGUAUUUGCGGUCGGCGUCGCGAAGAAGCAAUAAUCGAGCACGGGUCAUGUUGACGCCGGCCGUGAUGAAGCCCAUCGGAAGCGGCCCGACGCCAACGAGGCAGCGGUGAGGUCGGCAAACGACUGGACAAAAAAGUCGCAUCUUUGUCAUCGGGGGGAGAAAAUAUUUCCAUGAGGUGACGUACACGUCCAGCAUAUGUCCGGUGACAAAUUCUGUCAAGGAACCUGACAUGUUCGAACGCAUCUUUUCAUUUCUUUUGCCUUUUAAGGCAGGACAGUCAAGUCCAACGGCGGAGCGAGUCAACAUGUUCGCGGAUGUUUUUGAAACGUGAGCGUUAUUUUGAUUCAUUGAAAAAUACAUUAAUCUUCAAAAACAGACUUUUUCUUCAAAGAGGUUGACUUCAUCCUCACGAAAAGGACUUUUUCUAAAAAAAAAAAAAUGCUUUGUACAGCUUGUAAUUUUUUGUUGUUUUUCAACAGUGCAAAAUUUGUGUGGAAACACUUUUGUCAAAAGUGUGAUAUAUAUAUAUAUAUAUUUUAGGAAACAUUUUCAAAAAUGAGACAUUCUGAAAGACAAAAGGACUUAUUCUUGUAGGAUGAUGGCAUUUUCCCCCCCAGUAAUAAUGCAUUUGCCUGUAGGGAAAACAUUGCAACUUUUAUUCUUAUGUACAGUAAUUUUUUUAUUAAAAAAA